UGAUCAUCUGAUGUCAACUAGCGCUGGUUUAUCGUGUACAGGAAGAAGAGUAACAUGCUAGAAACAGCUGUGAGUACAGAGAUAGGCUAGCUAGCUAAAGUCUUGGACAGAUGUGUAAAAUUUGUGUUUACGGUCGGCGAACACAAAAACAGUAUGGCUAACAUACUGGUGUAACUGAACCGAAAGGCCUCUACUGCCUUAGCGGCUAGACAGAAUUAGCCGUUAGCUGAUUAGCUCAGUCAGACGUGUAGCUGGUUUGGCUAGCCGUCUCGCCGGGUUGUUUUGUUCUUUGUAAAAGCGGCCGUUUCUUUAAUAACACAUGAGUGUGUCUUUGGUCGUUAUCCGUCUGGAGUUAGCCGACCAGUCUCCUUCUCCGCAAGGUUUCCAGUACUCAGCUGUUGAAGGCAUGUCAGAUGAGGAGCUGCAGGAGAAAGCGCUGGGUGUUGCCAAACACACUCUGGGUGGAAAGACGGAUCUGGAAAGAGCAGCUGUCCUGCACCAGCACAUUGGCAGCAGAGCCAUGGGGGACAUGGUUAUAGAAACCUUUGAGCCCAGCCCAGAUAAAGGAGGCGGCUCAGCAGAGCAGAGCGGUGAACCUCAGGCCGAAGCAGACGGCGUGGAGGGAACUGAAGGUUCACAGGACAGCGGCGAAGCGACCGGCGCUGCUCCCGACUCCCCCUCCAAGCAGCUGCCGGACCAGAUCUCUUUCUUCAGUGGGAACCCCUCAGUGGAGAUCGUCCAUGGGAUCAUGCACCUGUACAAGACCAACAAAAUGACGUCACUGACUGAAGACGUGAGACGCAGCGCUAUGGUGUGCAUCCUGACUGUUCCGGCCACCAUGACCAGCCACGACCUCAUGAAGCUCAUGGCACCUUUUAAUGAUGUCAUGGAGCAUAUGAAGAUCAUACGGGACUCCACCCCAAACCAGUACAUGGUUCUGAUUAAGUUUUGCACGCAGGCAGACGCAGACAGUUUUUACACAGCGUGUAACGGCCGCCAGUUCAACUCCAUAGAGGACGCCGUGUGCCAGCUGGUUUACGUGGAGCGUGCAGAGGUCAUCAAGUCUGAAGCGGGAGCCAGUCUGCCGGUGAUGGAGCUGACCGAGCUGCCCAAGUGCACCGUGUGCCUGGAGAGGAUGGACGAGUCGGUCAACGGCAUCCUCACGACGCUCUGCAACCACAGCUUUCACAGCCAGUGCCUCCAGCGGUGGGAAGACGCCUCGUGUCCCGUGUGCAGGUACUGUCAGACGCCAGAGCCAGUCGAGGAGAACAAGUGCUUCGAGUGUGGAGUGCAGGAGAACCUGUGGAUUUGUCUGAUCUGCGGGCACAUCGGCUGCGGUCGCUACGUUAGCCGGCAUGCUUACAAGCACUUUGAGGAAACGCAGCAUACGUACGCCAUGCAGCUCACCAACCACCGCGUCUGGGACUACGCAGGAGACAACUACGUGCAUCGACUGGUGGCCAGUAAGACCGACGGGAAGAUGGUGCAGUACGAGUGUGAGGGAGACACCUGCCACGCUGAGAAAAUCGACGCCCUUCAGCUAGAGUACUCGUACCUGCUGACGAGCCAACUGGAGUCUCAAAGGAUUUACUGGGAGAAUAAGAUCGUUCACCUGGAGAAGGAGACAGCCGAGGAGAUUAACAACAUGAAGACUAAAUUUAAGGAGACCCUGGAGCGCUGUGAUAACUUGGAGCGACGCUUCACAGAAAUAAGCAAAGAGAAGCAGAGCAUGGAGAAAAAGUGCGCUCAGCUGAGCAGUCGAGUGGCGAAGCUGAGCCAGGAGCUGAAGGAGGAGCAGGAGAUGAACCGCUGCCUGAGAGCCAAUCAGGCUCAGCUACAGUCCCAGCUGGCAGAGGAGGAGCGUAAAGGAAAAGAGAGCGGUGACCUUAAGGACGUGGCGAUAGGAGAACUGCAGGAGCAGCUGAGGGACGUGAUGUUUUACCUGGAAACGCAGCAGCAGAUCGAACACCUGCCUCCGGAGGCCCGCAGUGAAAUCCAGGAUGGACAGAUCAGCAUCGCAGCCAGCACGGCAGAUGGUGCUGUGGGCUCGGCGGGAGCCGGACCCUCCUCUGGCAGGGGCCGGCGGGGCCGCGGCAGGAAGAGGAAGUAGGCAGCGGUUCAAAUCUGCUGGAAAGUGCUGGAAACAGUGGCCGCCUCUCAGCGGCGGACACGCUCAUAGCUGUUGUUAACAUGUGUCGACAUCAUUGUGGUCCCCCCCCCAGAAGGCCCUCGGAGGAGAAGUGAAGACUCGACAGCAGGUGCCCGGCUGAAGACGGAGAAAACAGGGAUGAUGUUUAGCUGCGCCGUUUCCCGCCAUGGAGAGGUGUGGGAACGAACGCUCAGUCAUAAAAGACACUUCAACGUUUUUACAUCUGUGUGACGUCCUGCUGUGUCCCAAUCAAAAAUCAGAAUUAUUUUGGUGUAUUUAUUUGAUCAAAAUUCAGUUCAUUUGUGUCCAGUGCAGUCAGAUCUGUUUGACUUCUUUGUAUUUGUUUUAAAAGGAAGGACGGCACUUUGUUUUGCAUGUUCGCGCUGAGCGAAGAGAAGCUGGUAGACCAGUGCUUUCCUGAACGCUUUUAGACUCGUUUCUCAGUAUUGAUAGGGAGGAACUCUGAAAAACGCCUCAGGACGACAGAGCACAGUGAGGUGAAAUGCUGCUUUGUUGCUUUUAAGUUGAAGCUGCUGGCAGGAAGCCUUCAGGGAGGAGCAGGAAGAUCAGGAUCAGUACGUGUACCAGAGGGGGUGCUGCUGCUUUUAACAGGAAGUAACCUGAGCGGGCUGUGACGAUAUGUAUUGGUUAAAAAUCUCAUAUUAACGCCACACAUUUGAAUUGAAGGGGAAAAUAAGCAGAAUUUGGUUUGCAAAUUGAGGCAGAUCUUCAGUAUAUUUAUAGUCACAAUAACCAAUAAACUGUCAGCUGUGGCAGGCUGACUGAACUCGA